ACCAAGAUAAACCUUUGACUUGCAAGUAUAUAUAAAAUUACCAGAAAGUACGGGGAACUACUACAGAUGUAAUUGAAAUAAUUUAUUAAUAAAAUAAAAUAAAAAGUUUUAAACAAAAGUACGUCUUUGUAGAUUUAAUAUUUUCGAAAGAGACUGACCUAGCAUGUAUUCCAAUAUUUUAAUAUUCAUCCUGCUUAUGUGGAAUACUAAGGCAACUUUUCAAGCAGAUUUUAUUGUUUUUAGACAAAAUGGUUUAAUUAAGUCAAAUAUCAUUAAAAGGAAUGUAGCUCCAGACGUUCCCAAAAUCAGAGAAUUUAUUGUUAAAACAUCUGUUGCCAAUCGUUUUGCAGAGACAACCGUUCUGAGUAAAGUUGAAAAUGUUGAUAAGUAUGCCAAACAAACAACGUUCUCUGUGGUAUUACCCGAAAGAGCGUUUAUUUCUGGUUUCUCUAUGGAAAUUGAUGGAAAAACAUACAAAGCUUUCGUUAAAGAGAAGGAAGAAGCUGAAAAAAUAUAUGGACAGUCUCUGACCAGUGGACAAACUGCAGCACACGUAGCUGUUAGUACUAGAAACUCCAACAGAUUUACCGUAAACGUUAAUGUGGAACCCGAAAGCAAAGUGAAUUUUCACUUAACUUACGAAGAACUGUUGCAAAGAGAAAAGGGACAAUACGAAGUAAUUGCCAACAUUCAGCCAGGGCAAAUAGUCAAGAAGCUUAUAGUUGAGGUAGAUAUAAAAGAGAGUAGAUCUCUUCUGUUCGUGAGAACUCCUUCCUUGCGUUCCGGGAAUGUAAUAAUUCAAAACAGUAACACGACCCAAUUGGACCCUUAUGCAAAGGUGAAAAUUUCAAAUACGUCAGCUGAAGUGAAAUUCUAUCCAGAUAUAAAUCGCCAGUUAGAGUUUGCUUGUGCAGGGUUAGGAAAUAGUGAAUUUGACGGAUUUGCUGGGCAAUUCGUCGUUCAGUACGAUAUUGAUCGUGAUCCUCAGGGAGGUGAGACUCUUUACCAAGAUGGUUUCUUUAUCACUUUCUUCGCACCACCUAAUUUGGAGCCCAUAGCUAAACAUAUAGUUUUUGUAUUGGAUACCAGCGGCAGCAUGAGUGGUACAAAAAUUAUUCAGUUGAAAGAAGCAAUGAUGAAUAUAUUACCAAAACUGCAUCCAGAAGAUCUGUUCAGUAUUGUUCAGUACGAAAAUUCAGUACAUUUAUGGGAUUUAAACUUGAUAUCUUAUGAUGUGAUCCCUGCGUAUCCCACUUAUGGAAGUUUAGCAAGCCAGCUGCAGCAAAGUGUUAUCCCGGAAGCAAUCUUAGCGACACCACAGAACAUUGAAAUAGCAAAGCAUAUUGUUAACGGUUUUAUUGCUGACGGCGGUACGAAUGCCAUUGGGGGCUUGGAAGUAGGGCUCUACCUAAUAAAACUAGUACAAGAACAACACCAGAGUCGUCAUUAUGAACCUAUUUUGGUAUUCCUGACAGACGGACUGCCAAACACUGGUAUUUCAGACCCUUCGCAAAUAAUCUCUUUGAUAUCAAAUAUAAAUUCAAAGGAAUACAACACCCCAAUAUAUUCUUUGUGCAUUGGCAGUGAUGCCGACUGGAAGUUUUUACAAGAACUAUCUUUGGCAACAAAAGCAGAACCUAUACGCAUUUAUUUAGAUGAUGAUGGAGGAUCUGAUGUAUCCACUCAAUUAAAAAGUUUUUAUGAUAAGAUUCGUAGUCCCGUUUUAAGUAACGUUAAUUUCAACAAUUUACCAGCAACAGCUCAGAUGACUCAGCUGCAUUUCCCAAUUUUCUUUAAUGGAUCCGAAAUAACAAUAGCCGGAAAAGGUGUUUCCGGCAAUAAUACAAAAGCCAUAAAAAUCUCGGCGAAGGGAAAAAAAGGCCCUGUAGAUUUAGAAGCUAAAAUAGGGAUACCUUUGACACGACUUGAACGUGUAUGGGCCUAUCUAACAGUGAAACAACUGAUAGAUGAAUCUCUUGCAACGAGCUUACAAAGCAAUAAGUCAGAUUUGGAGAAGUUGGCACUGGAAUUAGCACUGAACUAUUCUUUAGUCACUGAGGUAACUUCGCUAGUUGUCGUCAAACCCAACGAUACUAGUUCAGCAAUCAACGCAGUUGACGCUUCCCAAGGAAUAUUUCCGGAAUCCCCGAAUGAAUUACCCAUGUGUAAUAACAUAACAAACUGGAUCGUAACGAACUUCGGCACAGUGGAGCCUACAACUAUAGAAAUUACUACAGAAAUGACCACUGAGGAAAUUACUACCACUACUACUCCUGAUUAUACUACCACGGAAUUAAUCAUAACUACUGCAAAACCACCUAUAACAACAGAAUUUCAAACUACUGAAAUCAGCGAUAUAGUGGAAUCUAAUUUUGGUAUAAAGGUUCCAACGGUAAUGCCAACUACAACUACAGAAGAAAUUCCUAUAACCCAAAAAUUUAUCAAAACCUGUAACGACAUGCCAUUUGGAUGCUGCCAUGAUGGGGUUACAACAGCAGUAGGACCCAAUUAUUCAGGAUGCGAUCCUAUACCUAAAUCAGAGAGCUGUUCAUUGCCAUUGAGUGUAGGCUCGUGCAUUAAGUCCUCAAUGAAUAAGUAUACUAUUAAAUUUGCUUAUAGUAUAGAUCAAGGCGAGUGUCGUCCUUAUUGGUACGCAGGCUGUGGGGGUAAUGAUAACCGAUUUGGUUCUAAAGCAAACUGCGAAAAAUAUUGUGUCAAACCCUUGGGCACUGAUAGGUGUAAAUUACCCAUAUUUUUGGGACAAAUGCAACACCCUUGUGCAGCAACGCCAGAAUUAUUUUGGUUUUACGAUCAGAAGAAAGACGAAUGCGUAAAAUAUUUAUAUUCUGGUUGUCUUGGAAAUUCAAACAGAUUCUCAACUCAACAGGAAUGCCUACAAAUUUGCGCAUCGCCAUCUAAAAGAAAAAGGCCGCAAGAGGCAUGUUCCCUUCCAAAAGUCUCAGGUACUUGUACCAACUAUGAGUUACAGUAUUACUUUAGCAUUAAUAGUGGACAGUGUUCACCGUUUUGGUACGGAGGCUGUGGCGGUAACGAAAACCGUUUUAAAACUCAAGAGGAAUGUGACAAAAUUUGCAUAAACCCAAAUGAUCAAGAUGCCUGUUACCUACCAGCCGUUAAGGGAAGAUGUAGAGAAUCCCACAAGAGAUGGUAUUUCGAUAAAGACAGGAAACUGUGUUCUAACUUCAAUUAUACUGGAUGUUACGGAAACAAAAAUAAUUUUGACACAAGGGAAGCUUGCCAUAAAGCUUGCAUUAGCGGUUCAUCAGUGGACUUACAAGAAUCGUGUUUCUUGAAAAUGGAGGUGGGAUCCUGUUCGAAUUACGCUAUAAAGUGGGCCUUUAACAAGAAGGAGGGUCGUUGUACGCGAUUUUGGUACGGAGGUUGUAAUGGAAAUGAUAACAGGUUUGACUCUGAGGACAGUUGCAAACAAAUUUGCAUAAACCCUCCCGGUAAAGAUCGAUGCAAACUACCUAAAAUACAAGGGUCCUGUCAAGAUAAACACACGCGCUGGUAUUAUAAUAAAAAUAAAAAGGAAUGUAAAAAAUUUGUGUACAAUGGUUGCUUUGGUAAUGAUAACAAUUUUGUGUCUUCAGGUGAAUGCAAAAAAUUUUGUGCCUAAAAUUAAUAUAUCUAUUGUAUUUGUUAAAUAAAAAAAAACAUGUAGGUAUAGGUAAAUUUAAGUAGGUACGUAUUUAUUUUACUUCAUUUUAAGUAAAUAAAUAAAUGCAGUUUUUGUUAUUA